GGCAGGGACACCCCCGGCUGAUGGCAGGGACACGGCUGGGACCCGAGAGGGACAACCCGGCAAAGGGCCAGCCCCGAGAGGGGACACCCCUGAAGGGGACAGCCCCGGCUGAUGGCAGGGACACGGCUGGGACCCCGAGAGGGGACAUCCCGGGAGGGGACACCCCGGCAGGAACAACCCCGGCAAGGGGACGCCCCGUGCCACCCCCCGUCCCCGGCACUCCAUCCCGCCCCUCCGAGCCGUGCCGAGCUCUCCGGAGCCUCGGGCCGCAGCCCCUCCCGUGCUCCAGCGCUGUCCCCUCGCUGUCACAGCCGCCGCCACCCCCUGCUGUCCCUUCCCCCCGAUCCGUCACAUCCCGCCACCUGCAGUCAAGCUCCAGGAUGUUCCCUAAAUGACACGUCUGCACGGCACAGAGAUGGGCAGUGCUCCUGACCAGUGCCUGCUCUGGAGUGCACCUCAUCCUCGUUUUGGUCAACUAAACCAUCCUGUUGGGGCUGUUACUCCUCAUAUAAAAGCCUUUAAGCACUCCU